CUCAUCUCUCUCGCAUCCUCAAACACGCUCAGACCUUCCAGUCCAGCAAACCGCUUCUCUCUCUCUCUCUCUCUCUCUCACACACACACACACACAGCCGCAAGCGAACGACUGUAAUCCAUUGAUUUGCUCACCACACCAGCGUAUGCAGAGCAGGAGCAAAGAGAACAAAAUCUGUACCGCUGUUAUGCAGCACUACAUAUUUCCUCUCCUCCUCAUCCUCGGGGUGAGGAAUGGACUCGGGACCCCUCUGACAUCGAGCCCCGGCUCUACCGAGGCCCCCACCGUGCCGCCGGACCCUUGCGAGGGCAGACCCUGUCUGAACGGGGGCGUCUGUAGUCGGGUGGGAGAGAUGGAGGAGAGUCAGAGCACACAGAUGCAGGCUGACUUCUGGGCUUAUACGUGCAUCUGCGGCCAGGGCUUCACUGGACAGAACUGUGAGUUUUUUGCAGAUCCAUGCGCCAGCAGCCCCUGUCUCCAUGGCAACUGUAGCCAAGACAGCGAGGGGGAUGGGUUUGCGUGCGAGUGCAGUGAGGGUUACAGCGGUGUCCGGUGUGACCUGCCUACUUUGACCUUUGACCUGUCCGAGUCCACCUGGGACCUCGCAGAGAGCCUUGAACCAGAACACGCCACGCCUGCCACACCUGCGACCACCACUCAAGUGUUUCAGCCAACCACAGUCCCCACCACUACUCAAGCUCCGCCCACCCUGGAGCCGUGGCAACCCAGACAAGGUCAAAAAGUGGUGGAGAUACUGUGGGAGGAUCAACAGAUUACUGAUGAAGCCGAAUGUGUAAGUACCGCAGGAGGUGAGUCUGCCGGAAUGAUGACUGUUUCCAUGGAGGUCGCAGAGGAAACAGCUGUGAAGUUGGUGGGUAAUGUGAGUGGCUCGGCUGUACUGUGGCGUGUCGGUGAGGCUGGUUAUGAGCAGUGCUCUGUUGCGGAUGGUACAAUCAUGUGGUUUCAGCAGAGCUCAGAUGGCCUGGUGCUUCCUGACCAGUCCCUGCCAUUCGGACACAACUACUUCAUCAGUGUUCUGCACAUUGGUGCACCCUCUGGUCCAGAAGUCACUUUGAGGCUGCAUCUCAAUGUAAAAACUAAUAACUGUAUGGAGCCCGGCAUUGGAUUCAGUGACCCACAGUGCUCCGGGAAAGGAAAAUGUAUCACCCAGUCCUCUGUGGACACAUUUUACUGCCAGUGUGAUGAUGGAUACUCUGGGAUCUUCUGUGAGGAGUUUGACGCAUGUCACCUGAAGCCCUGUGAGAACAACGGCACCUGUACUGACCUCAGACAGAGAGAUGAAGGACAAAACUACACCUGUACCUGCCAGCCAGGUUUUGAGGGAGACCGUUGUCAGUCAUUGGUGGACCACUGUGUUUCUGGACCCUGCAGGAACGGAGCCACUUGCUCCAGCAGCCUGGAAGGACCUCACUGCUAUUGUACUGAAGGGUAUCAGGGUGCCAUGUGCGAGCAGAAGAUUGAUCCCUGUGCUUCUGGGCCCUGCCACAAUAAUGCCAGCUGCUCCCCACAGGGUGCUGGUUUGGGUUUCAGCUGCACCUGUCCUGCAGGUUUCACUGGGCCCACCUGCGCCCAGCUAGUGGACUUCUGCGCCCUCAACCCGUGCGCUCACGGCAUCUGCCGCAGCGUCGGUACUAGUUAUAGGUGCCUGUGUGUACCAGGUUAUCACGGUCUGUACUGUGAGGAGGAGUAUAAUGAAUGCUUGUCAGCUCCCUGUCAGAAUUACGCCACAUGCAGAGACUUGAUCAACGCCUAUGAGUGCAUCUGCGCUCCACAGUUCACAGGUAAGCACUGUGAGAUAUAUAAGGACCCCUGUCUGAAGCUCAGGUGCCAGAAUGGAGGACACUGUGAGAGUGGAGGGAGAAACGCAUCCUGUGUGUGUCCACAAGGAUAUAUGGGUGAGAACUGUGAGGUUGACGUCAAUGAGUGUGAAAGUAACCCCUGUCACCAUGGCGGCACCUGCAUCGACCAAUCAAACGGCUACACCUGUCACUGCCCUCCCGGCUGGGUCGGUGGAAGCUGUGAGAUCCAUCUGCAGUGGAAGAUGGCUCAGCCGGUCGACUCGCUGACAAACAUGCCACGUCACUCUCUGUACAUAAUCAUUGGAGCUCUGUGUGUGGCUUUCGUCUUGAUGCUCAUCAUCCUCAUCGUUGGCAUCUGUCGCAUUAGCCGUAUCGAGUACCAGGGGUCGUCCCGUCAUGCCUACCAGGAGUUUUACAACUGCCGCAGUAUUGACAGUGAUUUCAGCAAUGCUAUCGCUUCCAUUCGCCAUGCAAGGUUUGGGAAGAAAUCCAGACCAGCAAUGUAUGAUGCGACUCCCAUCAGUUAUGAAGAUUACAGCCCUGAUGACAAGCCUCUAGUCGCACUUAUUAAAACUAAAGAUUUGUGAGGCAAUACAUCUGUACACAAACACACACACACUCACGCACCGCGUACACACAGCCACUGUUCCAGCCUUUAAAAUGAGCCACUCAGUUCAGUAUUUAUUUCCAGAGAAGAGUUUAAAAUGUAAAUCAAACCUUAUAAAAACUUUCGAAAUUGAUAUAUUUUAUCAUUGUAUGUCAUGAAGCUUUUAAUUCAUAUCAGGCACUAGGAAUGUUGCACAGAAUUAGUUAAUGGAAUAGUGUCAAACAAAUGUGCUUCGUUUGCAGACGCAAAUGUUUCGUGGAAUGUGAGUAGACGAAUAACAAGCUACAUUGCAAAAUGUGUGUGAGGGGGGAUUUUAACUGAACCCUAUCCACCCUCUAGACUCUGAUUACAGAUAUGAUAGCAGCAAUCCAAGCAAAAGCUGUAGAAUUAGGAGUAAUAGAGCUCAUAGUACAGUUACAACUGUAACUUUAUACAGAAGAAUUAAAAGAUAAGACGAUGUAGGUUGCCUUACUGGUGCAUGGAUACGAUCAGUGGUUCGGCAUUACUCUGUAAUCUUAUGUACAUUGUUGUUUGCUGUUUAUUUCUUCUUGUUCAUUGUGGUCUCUUUUGUGUCAUAAACUUGGUGUUAGCAAAGUCUUACGAUACCACUGUCCAUGUCAAGGCAGCACAACAAAGUGCGUUUAAAAGUAAUAUUUGGUGGUGUCAUUUCACUAAGUAAUAAACUAGGCCUCCUGAUCUAUAUUUCAUAGUGUUUUAUGAAACGUAACUUGAAAAGGCUUCUCUGUUCCAGUACACCUGCAAAGCUCCUUAAGGUGCGGUCACAUUUGGCAAAAAUUAGCAAAUCCAGUUAAUUUAAAAGGAAUCUGUGCAAUUGGCAAGAUUUCACUUUUAAGUUAGUAAUGCGUAUUUACAGCUUUUGAAUGUGUUUCAUACGUUGCUCAGCUAUUGAUCAUGGAAAUGUCUUUUUUGCCUGCAAAUUCUUGUAGAAAUUUUUCUAAUGUGACUGCAAAUUACCAUAGAGAGUUAAAGAAAGAAAACUCAGAGCAACCUUAAAAGAAACAGAAAAUACAUGAGACGUAAAACGCUAAUAACUAUCAAGAAUUUGCUUUAAUAAACUGCCAGAACACUAUUAAAGGUGUUUAUAUCCAGAGCGAAAUUGAAGUAAAGGGAAAAAAUAAAAGUAUGCCAAUGGGUUUUGACCAUUACCCGAUAAAAGAAUGCAGUUUAUGGCGUUUACAUGGUGUCACGUUGUCAGGGUGUUGAAGGAGAAGUUCACUUCCAAAACAAAGAUUUACAGAUAAUGUACUCCCCCCCUUGUCAUCCGACAUGUUUGUCUUUCUUAUUUAAGUCGUAAAGGAAUUGUUUUUUGAGGAAAACACUUCUGUAUUUUUCUCCAUAUGAUAGACUGAUAUGGUGCCCCGAUUCUGAACUUCCAAAAUGCAGUUUAAAUGCAGCUUCAAAUGAUCCCAAAUGCGGUUGUAAAUGAUCCCAGUCAGGGAAGAAGGGUCUUAUCUAGCAAAACGAUUGGUUAUUUUCAUUAAAAAAAUACAAUUUAAAUACUUUUUAAUCUCAAAUGCUCACCUUGCUCUGCCGUACUCUGUGUAUUCUGGCUCAAGACAGUUAGGGUAUGUCCACAAACUCCAAUCAUAUUUUCUCCCUCAACUUCAAAAACCAUUUCAAAAUCAUCCUACAUCGCUUCAGAAGUACUGACACGGUCUUUGCAAAGUGAACAUGCAAAGAAGAGCAAACACCCUUAACAAAAAAAGCAAUAUAGGUAAAACAGCAAUAUAGGAUGAUUUUGAAGUUGAGGGAGAACAUGAGAUGGGAGUUUUUCGACAUACCCUAACUGUCAUGAACCGGAAAAAACAGAGUUCAGACAGAGUUAGACAAGAUGAGCAUUUGACAUUAAAAAUAUAUAUAUAAAUUGUAUUAUUUUAAUGAAAAUAACCAAUCAUUUCUCUAGAUAAGACCCUUCUUUCUCGGCUGGGAUCAUUUACAACCACAUUUAAACUGCAUUUUGGAAGUUCAAAAUCGGGGCACCAUAUCAGUCCAUUAUAUGAAGAAAAAUGGUGAAAUGUUUUCCUCAAAAAACAAUUUCUUUAAGAAAGACAUGAACAUCUUGGAUGACAAUGGGGUGAGUACAUUAUAUGUGAAUCUUUGUUUUGGAAGUGGACUUCUCCUUUAAGCACAAAUGGUGUAAUAUUGUAAAUUUAAACUGAAUGUGUGAGAAGGAAAAUUCAAGAACUAAAAAUGCUGCCUGCGUAAUGGAAGUUGCAGGGAAAAAUAAUGUGGAGAAGUAGGAAAAUUUGAAACUUUUAAUCCACACAAAAUGUUUACUGGCAUCGAAACGAACUUAAAAAUAGCCUCCAAGAAUAAGAUUACGUUCUUCAUUAGUAUCUACUGAGACAUUAGUGAGCUCAUGGUCAGAGUAUUGGAACAAGUGAAGUGUCUCUGCCAGGUCCUGGAGUCUGGUUAAAACCGGUGUAUUUCUGCCAUGCGCUUCUGGUGUUCCUGCAUCGGGUUCCAGCUCUCUCUUUUGCUCUCUUUCUCUUCAUUUGCAUCUGGCUGGAGCGGUACUCAUAGGAUGUUUUCAUUCUUUCCAUUACCCAUCUCGCUUUCUCUUAUCUUCCAUAUCUGCUCCUACUUAUACUCAUUGUACUCCUAUGGUUAUCCUCUUGCUUAGUAUAGACAGGUGGAAGUUGCCCUCUGUAGCUGUUCUGAGACCAGUUUUGAUGCCUUUCAAAGACUGAAUUAAAGGAAUAGUUUGCCUAAAAAUGAAUGUACCUCAUGUUGUUCCAAAACCACAUUUAAUUUCUGUGGAACACAAAAGGAGAUAAUUUGUAGAAUGUGUAAGCUGCUCUUUUCCAUGCAAUGAAAGUACUGGAAAAAAGCACCGUGAGUCCAUAUGACACACGCACUAUAUUCAAGGUGUUCUGAAACUGUAUGAUGAGCAGACCGAAAUGUUCACCAAAAAUCUUUCAAAUUUCAUUUAUGUUUGCGCCUCAGAAAGCAUUGUACCAUGUUUGGUCUGAAUGGUAUGAUAUAAAAUUGGUUCAGAUUUCUUAAGGCUGAUCUCACUGUUUGAAUAUUUUGAAGUGAACAAAAGGGUGAAUGAGAUUUUGGAGCUAUUUGAGAGACUUUUUGGCAGUUUUACUGAGUUUUGUCUAUUUUGGAGCUUGACCAAGGUAGAUCACGGCUCGGACGUUUUACAGAUAUCCAGUUUUAGUUUUCUACAGAACAAAUGAACAACAUGAGGGCGAGUAAAGAUUUAAACUUUAUUUUUAGGUGAAUGAACACUUUAAGGCUGCGGGUGAUAUAAUCUGGUCUAGGAUCAGUACUAAAGGGAAGCUUCAAACCCAAGCACUGUUUUUGUUAGAUAACGAUAACACCCAUUUGGUUAUAUAUGUGGAAUGAUGUAUUAAUAAAAGUUAAAGUGAAAGCCUAAA